AUGGAGAAAUACAGAAAAGGGAAUUGCUUCCCCAUCAGUGCUCGGUGGUCUUGCGGCCGGGGCGUCCAGCGCCGCUCCGUGCAGUGCCACAGCAGCAGCAGCAGCCCCAAGGAGGCCGAGUGUGACCCGGCCAGCCAGCCCCCUCCUCAGCGGGACUGUCACCUCCCCCCGUGCCCCACGCACCGCUGGGCAGCCGGGGAAUGGCAGGCGUGCACCAAGACGUGCGGGGAGGCGUCGCGGUUCCGCGAGGUGCUGUGCGUGGACGAGGAGGAGCAGCCGCAGAGCAGCGGCCGCUGCGAGCCCAGCGAGCGCCCGGCCGAGGUGCAGAGCUGCGCGCUGCCCCCCUGCGAGUACAUCUGGAUCACCGGAGAGUGGUCAGAGUGCUCCGUCACGUGCGGGAAGGGCUACAGGCAGCGCCUCGUGUCCUGCAGUGAGAUCUACACCGGGAAGGAUCACUAUGAGUAUGGCUACCAGAACAUGGUCAACUGUCCUGGCACACAGCCCCCCAACAUCCAGCCCUGCUACCUCGGAGAGUGCCCCAUCUCGGCCUCCUGGCGCGUCGGCAACUGGGGAAGCUGCUCUGUCACCUGUGGAGUUGGGGUCAUGCACCGCUCAGUGCAGUGUUUGACCAACGACGACCAGCUCAGCAGCUUGUGCCACGUGGACCUGAAACCUGAAGAGAGGAGGACAUGUCACAAUGUCCAUGACUGUGACUUACCAAGGAAUUGCAAAGAUGUUAAAAAUCUUGAAGGUGUCACUGAAGAUGGUGAAUAUUUCCUGCAAGUCAAAGGAAAGACAUUAAAGGUGUAUUGCUCUGGGAUGCAGACUGACAGCCCAAAGGAGUAUGUGACCCUUGUAAACGGGGAUGCAGAGAAUUUUUCAGAGGUGUAUGGAUACAGAUUGCAUAACCCGACCGAGUGUCCGUAUAAUGGGAGCAGACGAGAAGACUGCCAGUGUAGGAAAGAUUACACAGCAGCUGGGUUUUCCUCCUUCAGCAAAGUAAGGCUGGACCUGAACACUAUGCAAAUAAUAACAACUGAUUUACAGUUUGCACAGACACAUGAUGGACGACCUGUUCCUUAUGCCACUGCUGGGGACUGCUACAGCGCUGCCAAAUGCCCGCAGGGUCGAUUCAGCAUAGACCUGUAUGGGACAGGCCUGUCCCUGGUGGGAACAGCCAAGUGGCUCUCACAAGGGAAUUACGCCGUGUCGGAAAUUCAGAAAUCCCCAGAUGGUACCAAAGUCGUAGGAAGAUGUGGUGGUUACUGUGGGAAGUGCACUCCAUCAUCAGGAACAGGCCUGGACAUUCAGGUGUUAUAGCAGUGGUUCUCUGGGAGCAGCCAAUGGAGAUGAGAGAUGGAUGAAGGAUAGUGAUGCAAUACCUCUGCCUUCCACUUUUAUAUCUGUGUAUAUGUGUAUAUAGAUUGCAUAUUCCUAAUGUACAGUAUAAUAUUUAUGUUUGGGAUUAUUUAUUUUGAUUUAAUAUUUUUGUACGUAAAAUCAUUAUAUUAAGGCUGCUUUUACUAUUUUUAUUUUUUAUUGUUAAAUCCUGCAGUCAAACCACUGCAUUUUGCAUACUCUACAUUAUAUGUAGCAUUAUGACAAGUGAUACUUAAUUGUCACUGUAUUCAGUUGUUUACUUACAGUCAGUAAUUUUCCUUCAGUUAUGGGCUGCUUUGGCCCUCCACGGUGCUACACAAUCUGCAUAGGGGUAUUUUUGGCAUUUCAAUCUGUCUUUAUGCAAGGAAAUUAGACAAGAUGUGCUUAAAUUUUUAUUUUUAGGGAUUAGGCUGACAGCACUCAAGGAAAACAUGACAAUGAAUACUGUGCUAGUUGCAUUAGCAAUCUUUAUCUUUUAGGUAUGUUUUGAAUUUCACAUGACCUCUGUGGCCAGUGCUGAAAGCACUGGUUUGGUGCUAACAUGAUAUUUAUUAAUGCUCUGUAGUUUUAGUUAAUCCAGUGCCUUUAUCAUUGAAGAAGGGGAUAAAGCAGAAAAAUUGUCAGGCAAUUCAAAUCAAUCAAGAUCUACCCUAGGUUUAGCAAAAUUGCUGCAGAUGGAUCUUCAGAUCUUCAGCUCAAGCCCCCUUUUUUUUAGGGUUCUGAAGUGAACUCACUUUUUUAAAAAAAUGUAUCUUUGUCUCCUAAUUGCAUGUGCCACUGUGCUUCCUGACUCCAUCUGGAAGCGGGGUAUUAACUCAUCCCAGACAGGCUGAUCAGGCCAUAUGUUUCCCUGGGCUGUGUUCUCACAAGAGAUGUAGUUUCUUACAGACUUUGUUACAAAAUCCUAGCGUGAGGACAAAAGCAUCCCUGUGGUGUUCCCUCCCCCUGGGGCUGGUGAGCACUGUGGGGACAGCACGCCCAGGGAUGGGGACAGCACACCCAGCCAAGCCACCCCUUCUCUUGGCCAGGGUGCUCCCCUGCAGGCACUUGCAGCAUUUCCCCAGCUUCCUACUCACUCCCAGACCAUCUGCAGAGGGAGGCUUCGCUGCCUCCUUUCAGCAAGAUCACUCUGUACCUACAGAUGAUUCUGCCCCCCCUUCUAAAGCAAGCUGCUUUACGCCUACUCCUGAGAUGCUUCGGAUCUUCCUGGUAAGGCAUCUGUGCUCCUUGCCUCUCCUCAUUCCCAUGUACAGCCAGACAUUUGCUGUUGGCUUUUUUUUAAUCAAACUGAGGAGCCAUGUCCCUUAGGUGUGGUGGCUCCUGCCUGUACAAUAGCCCUCAGGCCACGCUUUCACAGAGCUCUGCAGCACAUAACGGGGGUGAUGUGACCAGGUUACUGUUGUAGUCUAUGACUAUGUCCCUUAUCUCUUUCUCCACAACUUUACUUAGUGAUAGCAAGGUGCUGCCCUUCCACCUUUUAUGUCAAGGCAGCCAGGAGCACAAAGUACAAGGAAAAGAAGCUUUUCAGCACAAAAUUACCAGCAGUUUGGAAAACCAAAGAGGCUUAUCUGCUACUCCAGAUAACUCUUUCCAUUUUCGAUACAAGCAGUUACCAAACACAACCUCAGGAUCUUGUGUGAGUCUUUUACAGAGCUCCCCAAAGGAUGUGUAAUCAGUGUGUUACAAAAGGGUUGGAUCAAUGGUGAUAAAUGAUCCCUGGAUUCAUAACCUGUGUGUACUGGGCUGUGCUCAGCCUUUGGAGUGAAACCUGUCAGCCUGACAAUCAGGGAUUGACACAUUCCUGUCAGCUGGGAGACACCUCACAGGAGAGCGGGGCUGUGCUACAGCCCAGAGCUGGAGAAUUGGUGAAGGAAAGAGGAAAAAGGGAAAGAGAAAGGGAAAAAAGGGAAAGGGGAAAGGAGUAAUAAUGGAAUAGUGAUUUUCUAAUGAUAUUGCUUAUGUGUAAAUUCUGUAGGGGAAAAGGGAAAAUUGCACUAUGAAGUUCAGAAAGAAAUUGUGGUGCUUUACCACUGUAAGUGAAGUGAAAUGAAUUGAGUGGCUAUUUAUAAAAAGAAAUACUAUUUUGACCUGUACAAAUUCAUUUCUACCAUAUAGUUUCAAGGCAGCUAUUAACAGAGCUAUCAGAACCUAAAAAAUACAAAGUAAACUAAAAGGGAAAAAAAUGACAGAGCACCGAUCCUGAUAUUCCUUAAUGGUCAUCAUUAAACAGAGCAGAUUUUGAGGAUCAGAGACAUUUCUUGUUCAGGAAAGAACUCUGGGUUUUGUAUAUCAAUGCCAUUAUUUUUCUACAAACUGGGGUAUUUUUUUGCAAGCACUUUCCUGUACAAUGUUUCCUUUCUUUCUGCUUACACUCAAAAGGAAAUGACAAUACCUGUAUGACAUGUCUGUAUGGUCUUGCUGCAUUUGCCAUCGUAUUUCAGUACCUGUCCUACAAUAGAGGCAAAAUACUUUGUACACAAGGGAAUAAUACAUUUAAUGGUAAACA